GCUCUUUGCUGAGUUUGGGGGUCUCAGAGAAGGAUGAAGCAGUGUGCCUGCUGCUGACUCCCCCACAGCUCCAUCUUCUGACUUUGCUCUCAGAGGGUCUGUAAAGCAGCUAAAGAACUUUUGUGGGGGAUGCAGCUUUUGCUGAAUGAUCAGAAGCAGGAGAAUUGUUUUCCUUUUGUGUGGUUGCACUGCAAGAAGUUUGCAACUGGACUUCAAACACUCAACCCCCAAAUAGUUUAGGCAAGUUGUAAAGUUCUCACCUAGACAAUCAUCCAAUUGAUGGAGAGGCUGCAGAAGGUGCUGUGAAUGGGUUGGCCAAUACAAGAAGAAGACUCUGAUCCUGCACAGACUGGAUGCAUUGUCACCCAAAACAUGAGGACCCAGCAACGUUCUACCUCCUGGCUACACUGCCACCUGGGGGCGCUGUUCUUUGCCCUGGUGCUGGGCACUGCCGGAGCAAUGGAGGCUGAAGACACCUGGGAGGCAGGUUCUGGGCACUUGGCAGAUGAGAUUAACGUUCUGGAACACCUCACAUUACAUGCAACUGAGCUUGUUAACAUCUCACUUACUUCAGAAGAUUCCUGUCUCUCUUUGCGUUUGGGGCAAUACUCCACUCUCAGCAUUUCCACCAGGGCAGCAUUUGGCGACAGCUUUGCAGACAGUCUUUCUGUGUUGAUCAAACUGCAAUCUCCUCUUCAGGAAGACACAAGUAUCAUCACCAUCUUGAGUCUACUUGGAGAGAUUCUCUUCCAGAUCCGGAUUAACCCAAAUGCUUUGACUUUCCGCUCCAGUCGCUGGGGACACUAUGAGUUUCCAGUUUCUUCUCUGACCGAUGGAAGAUGGCACCGUCUAGCCCUUGCAAUCUCUGCCAAAGGUGUUGCACUGUAUGUAGACUGUAAGCAGGUGGAAACGUUACCAUGGUCAAACUUCUUUGGACUUGGAGUCAAGACAGAUGGGAUACUGAUGCUAGGGGGGCUUAUUGAGCCAUAUGAAGUCCCCUUUAAGGGAUCUUUGCAACAGCUGGUCUUUGUGAUGGGGGAUCCCGGAGCGGCCAAAGACUACUGCCACAAUUACAAUCAGUCCUGCCUGAGCAGUUUCUCUGCCGAACAGUUCCUCAACCUCUCUCAGACUGAGCGUGGGCAGCGCCCAACUGCAAAUUCCAGGUUUGCAGCUGGAGAGACCCCGGCCAUGGGACAGAGACAGAGAAACGAGAGUGCUCAGUCAUCUGUGCGAGAGGGUCUACAGACUAACACAACAUGGAGGGAGUCGGAGGGACAUGGGGUGGUCACUGAACAGACCCUGGAUCCCAGUCUUCACAAAUACCUCAAUGAAUUUGACUUAAGUACUUUGAAGGAAGAAAACUUUCUACCAGUGCCAGGCCAAGCAUCUCACCCUGUACCAAGUGGGAAACCUACAAAGAAGGAAGAUCAAUACAAAAAACUGGACCCCACUGAGGAGAACAUCACAACAGACAAAAAGGUGAAAACUCCUGCGACAACAGAACAACUGACCACUGACAAAUACACAGGAGAAAUAAUAGACUUAACCAAAAAUGUCACCAAACCCAGCCUAUUGCCAACACCAAGUACUAACGUGUCUUCCACCCCAGUGUCAACAAUUACGACCGUACUAGCACAGGAGAACCAAACUGACGCAAUGUUAAAACCUACCUCAUCCAAAGAAAGCUACCCAGUGGGGGGAUCGGGAGAUGCCGAACGCGUUACAGUUGACAACAAACCGAUAAGUACAAAACCAAAGAAGACACCAGUCCGAGGGUAUCCAGGACCUCGUGGCCGCCCUGGUUGCCGAGGUCGGCCUGGACUUCCUGGUCCCAAAGGAGACAAGGGUGAUCCAGGGCCAUUAGGCCGAACGGGGAUGACCGGCAAUCCAGGACCCCGUGGACCUCCUGGGUUGCCUACAGUAAUGAUUUGGAGCAAUUCUCCAGAGGACUGGGCAGCAUUCUAUCAAACAUCAUUCUAUCAGCUGUUGCACGCAGGCUGGCCUAGAAGUCGAGGACCACCAGGUCUACCUGGUAUCCAUGGAAGACCUGGAACACCGGGAAUGACUGGACCUCCAGGGUGGCUUGGUAUAAAAGGACAAUGUGGGCCCAUGGGGCUUUCAGGAUUACCAGGAGUUCAAGGAGUAGCUGGCAUUCCCGGCAAGGAUGGUACUCUGGGAUUAGACGGUAAAGUGGGAUCGCCUGGAAUACCAGGAGCAAAGGGGCCGCAAGGCUUUAAAGGUGAUCAAGGUCCCUCUGGUGAAAAGGGAGAUGAAGGUUUCUUCGGAGCUCCUGGGUUUGUCGGAGAAAAGGGUAUCGACGGAAUAAAGGGAGAGAAGGGAGUGCCUGGUCUUCCAGGACUUUCAGGAGUGCAGGGGCCAAUGGGGAUGAAAGGAGCUCAGGGAUUUCAAGGGAUUCCAGGGCCAAUUGGUGAAACAGGUGUUCCAGGGCCACGAGGCCCCCCUGGUCCAGAGGGUGAACAGGGAGAGCCAGGAUUACCAGGAACCCAAGGGGUGAAUGGGUCACAGGGAGAUCAAGGCCCUGCUGGUGUGCCUGGCCAUCGUGGCCCCAGGGGCCCGCCAGGAACAGAAGGACUGUGUGGCCCCCCUGGGCCUAGAGGACCACAGGGCGUGAUGGGAGCCGAUGGCCCUCUUGGUUCGAAAGGAGAAACAGGGGAAUCUGGUCCCAUAGGUAUACGAGGAGAAAGAGGUCCAGAAGGUCCCAUGGGAUUAAUUGGAUGGUCCGGUGUAAAUGGACAGCCAGGAGACAGGGGUCGGACUGCUGCCGAUGGAGAAAAAGGAGAUCCAGGGGCUAAAGGAGAAAAGGGAGAACCUGGGCAUUCUGGUACAAAAGGUCCACCUGGCAUUCAAGGACAGUCUGGUUUUGUAGGCUUUUCUGGACCCAAAGGACUUUUAGGCCUUCCUGGAACUAUGGGUGAUGAGGGGCAGAUUGGACUCCCUGGUGCUAAUGGUGGAGAUGGACCAAAGGGUAACCGUGGCCAUGAUGGGUUGAAAGGAUUACCUGGACCUCGAGGGAACCGGGGACGAAUGGGACAAAGGGGUCUCGUGGGGAUACCAGGACCACCGGGUCUACGCGGUUUUCCAGGACCAGAGGGUUCAGAAGGACUGCCUGGUACACAGGGGUCAAUGGGCGCAUCAGGUGUUCCUGGUAGCAGGGGAAUGGCUGGUCCAGCUGGUUCUCGCGGUGAGAUUGGCAGAAAUGGACCACCUGGGCCACCCGGUCCUGCAGGCCGACCAGGAUUGGACGGGGAGCCAGGACCUCAGGGAGAAAGAGGCUUUACUGGAAAACAAGGGCCUGAAGGACAGCAGGGGCCUGUGGGCAUGUAUGGGUUGGCAGGUCCAUCAGGUCAAAGAGGUCGAACCGGGCAUCCUGGGGAGAAGGGAGAGAUUGGACCACCCGGAAUUCCAGGACCACCAGGCAAAUCUGGUCCAAAGGGGCCUCCAGGUCCUCCCGGGGAAAGGGGACCCAAUGGGCCACAGGGUCGUAUGGGUGAGAUGGGUGACAAAGGCUUGCCUGGAUUACCAGGCCCAUCUGGUAAUCCAGGAAGUGAUGGGGAACUGGGAAAAACUGGGACCACAGGAGAAACAGGUCCACCAGGAGCCCAGGGAGAAACUGGUCCUUUAGGUUACCCAGGUCGAGAAGGGCCACCAGGACCAGAAGGAUCUUCUGGAGAGGAAGGUGAGAAGGGUGCCAUUGGGCCAAUUGGAGAUCAAGGAGUCAGUGGACUGGAUGGGGAACAGGGUGAACCAGGCUCAGUUGGCACUGAGGGUCUCAUUGGGAAGAAAGGAGAGCAGGGAGAUGUUGGUGUUUCUGGAAACCUUGGUCCCCCUGGGCCUUUUGGUGAUCCUGGGGAAUUAGGAUUACAAGGAUUGCCAGGCCCUCCAGGAGAGCCAGGGAAAGAGGGCGACACUGGGGACAUUGGAGAUAUUGGAGACCCUGGACCUUUAGGAAGAAAGGGAGAAAUUGGACCACCAGGAAGUACUGGAAAUCCUGGGCCCAGUGGCAUUCUAGGAGAGCAUGGAAUAAGAGGCCCGAAAGGAGAGAGAGGUUAUGUAGGGCUCCUGGGUCCACCAGGACUAAUGGGAAUUCUCGGACCUAUUGGGCCACCAGGAGACAUGGCAGCAGUAGGGGAUCCAGGUCCUUCUGGUCAAGAUGGGCGUCCAGGAAUGAAGGGUGAUGUAGGCACCAGUGGUGUGACGGGAUAUCCCGGUCCCAAAGGAGGCUUGGGUCCUCCUGGUGUGAGAGGAGAAAAGGGUGAGCAAGGCCAUCAUGGAGCCCCGGGUCCACCAGGUCAAACUGGGAGUAAAGGUUCUCAAGGUCCUCUGGGGCUCCCUGGCCCAGAAGGACAAAAGGGGGAAACAGGAAGUGAAGGCCUAAAUGGAAUCCAGGGACCCUCUGGGGUCACUGGUGAGACUGGAGCAGUGGGAAUACCUGGAAGAGAAGGGGAACCUGGUGAGAAGGGACAACCUGGAAAACAAGGGGUAUCAGGACAAGUGGGGCCUAUGGGAAAUCUAGGUAUGGAAGGGAAACCAGGACAGAAAGGAGUAAAGGGUGAGAAAGGCAAAGAUGGCCGACCCGGCUCUCCUGGCAGUACGGGCAGGAAGGGCAAAAGAGGAAAAGCAGGAUCCAGACCACCACGUGGAUCUCAUGGACCCAAGGGGGGCAAAGGAAGACAGGGUACAGAUGGACCUCCAGGACCAAUAGGACCCUAUGGUAUUCCAGGACUCAGGGGACAAAAAGGGGAGCCAGGUCCAAAAGGACUGAAGGGUAAUUUGGGCUUGGAUGGACCGUUUGGGCCAAAAGGAGAAGAAGGCCAGAAGGGAAAACAAGGUCUUCCCGGGCACAGUGGACCUCCAGGAGAGAAAGGUGACGAGGGAGUUAUUGGGCCUCCAGGACCCCAGGGACUUCCUGGGCCACAAGGUCUUGUAGGUCCUGAAGGCACUGAGGGUCCAAAAGGAUUCCAAGGACCUGAAGGAGCUCCAGGCCCACCUGGACCACCAGGACCCCCAGGAGAACCUGGUCCCCCAGGGCCAUCGCUGAGUUUAACUGCACAGAGUAUAAGGCGGUUGUUCCCCCAUUCGGCAUUAUGGAAGGACAUUGCUUCAUGGGAUCUUAUUCACCAUUUGGAAGAAGACUUGAAGCUCUUGGCUGCCCCACCUAAUGGAACUAAGGAAAAUCCAGCAAGCACAUGUAAAGAACUGCAGCUUGUCCAUCCCGAACUGGCAGAUGGUUAUUAUUACAUUGACCCUAACCAUGGCAGUCCUCAGGAUUCUUUUUUGGUAUUCUGCAACUUUACUGCUGGUGGUGAGACUUGUGUGCCACCUCUGGAAAAUCAGAUAAUGGCAAAGGCCUGGCUUCGGACCUACUCAUUGCAAGAAGGAUUCCAGUGGUUCAGCAUGCUUCCUGGGGGCUUUCCGUUCUUGUACAGUGACAACAGUGUGGUCCAGCUGCGGUUUCUCAGACUUCAGAGCCUGCGUGUAUACCAAGUACUGCGAUAUGUGUGCCUUGCUCAGCUGGUACACUCUACAAGGGACAAGGAUGUGAAGUUUUUGACAGAUAGACGUGAUCAGAGCUUCCUGGUAACACUCCAAGGAUGUGAGGCCAGUGAAUCAUUCAACAGGACAGAAACUCUCCUUCAUUUUGCUCCCUUGGACCUCUCCUUACUACCUGUCCGUGACUUGGCUGUGUAUCAUGAUGGGGACAUGGACCAUCAGUAUGGCUUCUUCAUAGGUCCUGUGUGCUUUAGCUGAGAGAUAUUUUUUCCUCUGGAACACUGGUGACAACUCAACCCUAGGUGGAGGAUGGACGCCCUGUGAUAUUUAUACAGGAAAGUGAUAUUUGGAUCUAUACCCCCCUCUCUCAGGAAGGGAGACCCUAGAUAUUGUUUACAAUUAAACUUGGUGCUUUUUCUAAAUCUCCUGGUGAGAACCACACACACCUCAAGUCUUCCACCCCAAGGAACGAGUGAUGUUCUGCGGAGGGAUGACUGACCUCGAAUGCACUUAUUUUUCAAUGUCAUUUGGUGCUCAGUGAAACAUUGCACAAAUUGUUCCACCCAGGCACUUUCCAGUAAAGAAAGACAUGCAUGGAAAUAAAAUGCCCCCACAAUGGAGUGGGUCCAUCCAGUUCUCUUACAUUUCCAACACUCUGGUUUGAAGAUCGACAUGGGAAACACUUGAUCAUGUGGCAGGAGUGUUUUGUGGAGGUCAUUUGUAGGCUCUAUAUAAAAGGAAAUUGGUUUAUAUAGAUAUUUUAUAUAGAUGUUUUCAAAUAAUUCACAGGUGAAUUUUAAUACAAUCACAAACUUCCAAGUCUGUAAACAGUUUUCUUGAAGUUUGACCAAUGAACCAUGUUGAUAUUAUGAAAGAAUGUUAUAUUGAAGAUAAAAUUCCCAAUUUUGGACAGCAACAUCUUCCUGGCUUUUAGCCAAGAGCCGUGGCCUAACUUCCCUCCCAUUGGGGCAUCUCUACUGCCUGUGACAGCAGCCAUUGUUAACUUGUGAGCUCAUGGUGUCUGAUUGGAUGCCACAGUGAUAGCUUUAGGCAAGGAAAGUGAUUGGGCAUAUACCAUAGUGUAGAAGCAUGGUCACAAUAGACACCAUAAUUUGGGAAGAUCAUAACACCAAGCUUCAAGCAUUCUGCUAGACAUAUACAUUCUUUUUAAACAGGUGUAUCAUGCGGCCCAGGAUGGCUAUGAAUGUGGCCCAACACAAAAUCGGAAUCUUACUUAAAAACGUUCUUCCAAUGUGGCCCUGGAAAGUAAAAAGGCUGGACACCUCUGCUUUACAAUGUUUAACAUGCUUAAUUUUUUUCAGACUUUAUUAAAAUGUAUUUAUGAUUGUUUCUCUUUUAAAGUUCAGUUCCAUCAGUGAAAUGCAUAGUGUAUCUGGGAAACACUGCAGCUCUGCUUAUGCCAGACUCAGUUUUACUUUUAUAUGUGUUUGCCUAAAAAUCCAAUACAGACAAAAUUUAGUUCUGGAUGUG